CUCCCUUUUCAAUCCUGUCAUCCCACGUCGACGAAACGAUAUAUUCAUGGCUAAGGUCAAUUUACGCUUGCGAAAUGUAUGCUGAAACUGAUGAGGAGCCAUGGAAAGGAUGACCAAGUGGAGCGGCUCGCGAUAGUCUGUUAUCACCAACACUGCAAUCCUCCUGAGUCAGCUUUGCGAACACAUCUCAGCGCCUUGUUCAAGCCCAUCCUAGUUACGGUUCCAUUCUCCAAACGAUAUCCUCGCCAGAGAUUCGCAAUAUCGAAAUAUGAUCCAAGGCUUCCCCCGGCAGCAGGUCUUAUGAACCUUAUCUUCCUCACUUCGCGGCCACCAGAUGUAAAGACGAGGCGUUUUAUCUUGCUCAGAGGAGAGUUGCUGCGAAGUUAUCUACAACGUGCAAGAUCAGCCGACAUUUCAAGAUGCAUGGCGUUGAACUCGACACGCUCACUGGAGCACCUUCCCCACUACGCCGCUUAUCCCAUCACUUAGAAGAUGCUGUGCCCCUACAACCAAACGAUGAACUACGGAGGACCAGCAUCUCUGAGAUGCUGGAUGAACUAGAAGACAAACCUCUAAUAUCUUCCGACUUAUCUGAUGAAGAUAGCGCAUAUCCCACCAAGGUGGAACUGGAGACUCUUCCCCGCGUGGCCGAUAAGAUCCCCUGGCGCGUCUACACGGUUGCCUUUGUGGAACUGUGCGAGCGGUUCUCUUACUACGGCACGCAAAUCCUGUUCCAGAACUUCGUGCAGCGGAGACUGCUCACGCCGACCGGUCGCGCCCCCAACCCAGGCGGAGACACAGACAACAACCCCGGUGCGCUGGGCCAGGGUCAGCAGAUGGCUACUGGGCUCGGCACUUUCUUCUCUUUCUGGUGUUACGUGACUCCUCUGCUGGGAGCGUGGCUGGCGGACACCUACCUUGGAAGAUACAACAUGAUCAUGGUGUCCAUCGGCAUCGCCGUCAUUGGCCACGUCCUUCUCACCAUGAGUGCAUUGCCUUCUGUCCUAGCACAUACCGAAAGUGCCCUCAUUUCUUUCAUUGUCGCCCUCGUCGUCUUUGGCCUUGGGACGGGAGGCUUCAAACCGAACAUUUCCCCCCUGAUCGCCGAGCAAAUUGUGUCGGAAAAACUCCGCGUCUCGAUCGACCCGAAGAGCGGGGAGCGUGUGAUUAUCGACCCAGCCCAGACGUCGGCGAGGAUAUACAACUGGUUCUACCUCUUCAUCAAUAUCGGCGCCUUGAUCGGCCAGAUCUCCAUGUCUUACGCGGCGUUGUAUGUUGGCUACUAUCUCGCCUUCCUGCUGCCUACGCUCAUGUUUCUCCUCUGCCCCCUCAUCCUCAUCCUCAACAAGAAGAAUUACCGUCUCACGCCUCCGCAGGGCUCAGUCCUGGGCCCUACGGUCAAGACACUCCUCUACGCCAUCGAGCCUUACUGGUCGUGGAACCCUCUGCGCACAAUCCGCAACGUCCGCAAGACGACCACGUUCUGGACCGCGCUAGAACCAUCCCGGAUCCCAGCCCACAAGCGCCCGUCUUGGAUGACAUUCGACGACGCCUGGGUCUCCGAACUGCGCCGGGGCGUGAAGGCCUGCUCUGUCCUGCUCUGGUUCCCGCUAUAUUGGCUCACGUAUAACCAGAUGAACAACAAUCUCACCUCUCAAGCGGACACCAUGAGGCACGCCGGGGUGCCUCCGGAGAUUGUCUCCAACUUGGAUCCCCUGACCCUGAUAAUUUUGAUCCCCAUCUGUGACCUGGUCAUCUACCCCGGCCUCACGAAGCGGGGCGUGAAAUUGACGCCGAUCAGGAAGAUCACGCUGGGCUUCUGGUUCGGCGCCGCCGCCAUGGUGUACGCGGCGUUCUUGCAGAAGUACAUCUACACGCACAACGAGUGCGGGUACUAUCCUUCCGAAGGCCAACAAGACCUUUCCGCCGAAGGCGGACGUGCCGGCGGCGGCAACACCAGAGACUGUCCGCCGGCCUCGGUUUCCAUCGUCUACCAGGCCCCGAUCUACCUCCUCGUCGCGAUCAGCGAGAUCCUCGCCAGCAUCACCUCGAUCGAGUACGCGUUCACCAAGGCCCCGCGCAACAUGCGCUCCAUGGUGCAGGCGUUCUCGCUGUGCAUGAGCGCCGUGGCCAACGUGAUCGGCGAGGGCUUCCUGUGGCUGGCCACGGACCCGUACCUGGUGUGGAACUUCGGGGUCAUGGGCGCGGUGGCGUUCGUCGCCGGCGGCCUGUUCUGGUGGUUCAACCGGGGCUUGGACGCCGAGGAGGACGCCAUGAAUCAGUUGCCCCACGGCAGCAUCGGGGCUGGAAACGGGAGGAGGAGGAGGAGGAGGAGCAGCAGCAGUGCAGCAAGAGAGGAUCCACGCAUGCCCAAGCCUGAGGGUAGUGGCUCCGGUCGCGGCGCGGAGGCCAGCUGGAGUGACCUGGGCGGAGCUUCUAACGAAUCCCACGAGAGUCUGCUAGGCGAUAAGGCUUCAUUUGGUGAAGGGAGGAGCUAGCGCAGACAACGUCCUGAGACACAGUCGAGUUGGAAAUGCAAGGGCAUUACGCCUUGUUCGAUGAGUUCCCACCAGAGGGGUUGUUGCGCACGCAGUAGGAUACUAAAGACGUGGUUUAAGAGGCUCAGAGAUUUGAAAGACCGAAGUUUAGGACUGCUGGUUGCAGGCAUUCCAGAACACGACAAGAACAACCCACAAGAAGAUGUCAUAGACACUGGUCUGAUACGGUUGGAUCAGGCACAGUCGCAGACACUCCCCGACUCUGUCUGCAUUUGUAUUUAUCUGGCAAAAAUCCCACGCUUUGCAAUUUCCA